AUGGCAUCGACAUCCUCCGCACCGCUCUUCGCCCGACGCGCCGCCAACGCAUCCAAGCUCGGCACGGCUCUACCGCCCCUCGCCGCCACACCCAAGCUCACCAUAGAGAUUCCCAAGCCCGACAUCAACAAAAUCUCCAGGGACCAGCGGCGUGAUUCAGACACCGGAUCAUGUCCAUCUCUCACUGAUGGAACCCAGACUCCUCUGACGGGCUCCAGCAUUGUCCACACGCCGCGGUCUCCUCGGUACACGAGGCAACAGGAGCGGGAAUGGUGGGUCCAGUGCUUGGAACACACCGGUCAAGACGAGAACUGCAUCGACUGCUUGCAGUGGCAGACUGAGCUGCCCAGCCUUACACCAUCUAAGCCAUAUGAAUGUGCGGGCUUCAGCUAUGAGGACGAGUUCCCCUGCACUGAGGUCUUUCCUCUGAUGGAAGAGGUUGAGAUGGAGGUACCACAUCAUACUGAGUGCCUCACGAAUCUGUCCUACCGAGAGCGUAUCAGCAAGUCAUACUUCGACCUAGGAGACACUCUAUUCUCUCCAGUGGCCGAGAUGGCUCAGCUAGUACCGGGCUGGAAUGAAAAGGCCCUCCAGUUCUUCAACCAGUACAUCACACUUCUGGUACUAUUACUUAUUUCGGUCUUGACGGCAUACUGCAUCGGCAGAUGGACACUCCCCAGACAAACUGGGCUGGAGACCCUGAGCAUAAUUUACUCUAUGCCACGCGUUGACGCGUUUGCCAUACAUUGGGACUGGGAUUGGGCAAACCACACCCAAGUCUAA